AUGUCCGACUUCACCACGUUAUUGAGCGGGCUCUGGUUUCAGGGUGUGACGCCGCACCAAUACCGGCGGGAGAUGCGGCGCGACUUGUGCGCACACGCGACCGGAGAUCUCAUUCAGCAGUUGGAAGCGCUGGGGAUCGAAAUUCCCCCGCAGGACGCAGGCCGGGUACCAGAGGGGGGGGCAGUGGUGCGGGAGAGGAACGCUGGUAUGGAAGAUGUGAGGCAAGCACCGGUCAGUCAAGCCGGGGAUGACGCACGGGUAACGGCGAUGAUGAGGGAAAUGGCGACUAUGAAGAACGAUGUGAUGUUCCUGGACGCGAGCUUCACCGUCAUAGGCAAUUUUGUGGGAUUGAGGCGCGAGGAGGUGGUGUCCGCUGCAACCCAACUACUGAUGCAAGGCAACCCCGUGAGAUCCGGCGCGAAAGCAGAGGCAAGUGGCACCAAGAAUGCCCCACACACUCCACAGCGUCCAUCCGGUCGCAAGAGGCGUGAUGACAGCAGUCCAGAGGAGGAUGUUGUACGCAAUGCCACCCGUAUUGCGCUGGCCUCCUCGUUCGCUGCAUGUGAUCCGACAGCGCGCUUGCUGCAAAACCCGCUGCUGUCGCGAGGGACCAUACCUCACUGGAUGUUCACCCGCGAGAGACUGCUGCUCGGGGUGACGGUGCCGGCUGGAGCUGAUGCGUGGGGAGAUACGAGCGGCCACGAGACGGUGAAGGCAGAAGAAGAAGAGGAUCUCGUGUCAGACACGGAGGACGAAGAGGAUGGUGACGACACGUGUGCAACGAAGUACACAGGAGUCAAGUUGGAGAAAGCAUCAGGCAAGUUCGGCGUGAAGAUCCUGAUCAAGGUAGGAGGAAAGCGUAAGCAACAGCGGCUGGGUGCAUACACAUCGGAGGAGGAGGCGGCGUUUGCGUACGCCGCAGGUGCGUUCGUCCUGAGGCCACGAGACAAGAUACCCAACACGGUCAGUCUGUCAGCCGCAGAGAAGGCGAUGCUGCGUGGAUGCACCAAGGAAGAUCUGCAGCUCCUAGUGGAAGCGCGGAGGUGGUGGAGGUGGCGGAGCUGGAGGGAGGCGCGGGAGGGCGUGAACUGGAAGGUGAAACGAGGGAGGAAGCGAGUGGUUGCCACGCGCACGUCAAAGAGGCAGAGGGUGGUGGAUAGCAACAACAAGGCGGCCAACGAACUAGACGACCCUGACAAUGUGGACACCGACGGCGAUGACGUGCGCAUCUCGAGCAGGGUUCUCGAGCAACUCAUCCGGGCUCAGGACAGGAGCGCCAAGGAGAACGCGCGGUUGGAGGCGCUGUUCUUGAAUGCAAUGGCGCAGCCUUCUGGUGGAUCUCGUAAGCGUAAGGCUCAGAAGCAGAGAGACCCGGAGCAGGGGUGCAUGAACCCGAAGCGUAAGCGUGGCGAGACAUGGAGCGGCGGGUCGGACGAUGACGGAGAGGACAACGAGGAAGAUACGCAUGGUUCUGGUGGUCGUCAUAUGCGUACUGCAAAGUCUCCUAUUCUGCAACGCGCGUUGGUGCAUCUGCCGACAGACAAGGCGUGGAAGCGGGUGUGCGAGCUGGCCAGAGUUCACAUGUUUCUCAACAGGCCCACGUCGUCGAUGACCUUCUACCCGAGCAGCGACGAUAAGACUCACGGAGUGUGCGCGGUGCUGGACCGCCUGCCUCACAGCUUCGCCUGUUUGGCGUUGGCGGCUGACAAGUCGCGACGGGCGGAUCUCAACAAGACGCUGUCGGAGUGGAAGACAAGGGCUGCCGCUCAAGUGCGAGACAUUGCACUUCCCAAGCUCGGCCUAUUCCGGGACGACAGGGAUGCAUCCAGCCCGUGGGCACCUGAAAAGGAGCGUAGUAUCGAGAAGAUAUGGGAGCGGAUUGGGCUUGGCGCUGACCCCCCUGAUGUGGUGUGCAGAAACUCUAGUGCUGACCAGCUGGGCGCACGACAGGGAUGGCAUGCCGUUUGCCUCCCGGGCGUUCGCGACAUGUGCGAAGGCUGCCUUCAGACGAAGAAGGCAGGGCUAGUGAUGACCCUUAAGGUCUCCGACUGCGUCCUCUACUGGGAGGCGCGGAAAGGCCGGCUCUCCAACUCGGCGGGCGGGAACGCCCACGUUGUGGAUGGGCUCAAGGUCCUGGUCAAGGAGGCCGUGGAGAGGGCAAUCCGUAUCCGCAACCCCGAGUAUGACGCGGAGCGCGAGGCGUGGAUUUGGGGGCGCCAUGGCCUGCGCAUCUCUGCGUGCGGCCUGGAGCACAUGAAGCCCGCGGCCGCCGCCCAGUCCGAAGGCAUCGUAGGGGACGACGACCUUUGGGCGUCACUUGGUGCUGAGUAG